AUGGCAGAGGUCAGAGCUGCUGUUAGAAUUCGGCCCCCUAUACGGUCAGGCGGUCCACCGCUAUCGAUUAAAGGACAGUAUGGCCAAUUUGCUUUUGACUAUGUUGUUGAGGAAGGUGCGAGUCAGGAAGUAACAUUUACGGAGUGCAUCCUGCCGCAAGUUAACAACUUUCUCCAAGGAACCUCCUCCACGGUGCUAGUCUAUGGAGCCAGUUCAACCGGUAAAAGUUAUACCCUUGAGGGAGGCCCGCCGUCCGCCCGGACUGAGGGGGCUAUCCCGCGUGCAAUGCACGCCAUCUGCAAGAACCUGGCCGUGGUCCCCAAGCACCGUUACAAGCUGUAUGUCACAUAUUGCGCGCUGUCAGCUGGCAUCGAGGCUCAGAUGGUCGAUCUGUUGGCGCCUGGGUCUCCGGCUGUGUCCCUCAAAGAUUCCUCAGCAAGCAGUGCCCUGGCCCGGCUGCUGCAUUACCAGGUCGAUUCUCACGAGGAAAUCUACGAGGUGCUGCGCCAGGGCCGCACAACUCGCGCCGCCGCCUUCGGUGGUGGUGGUGGUGGUGGCAGCGCCGCCGGAGCCGGGCCCACGUCCAACAGCGGCGCCAGCGCCAGCGGCAACGGCCGCGCCUCCCGGCCGGUGACCUCCGCAGCGCAUGUGAUGCUCAACAUCCAGCUAACGGGCUUUGCCGCCAGCGGUGAGCAGCUCGCCACCAACCUGACCUUUGUGGAGCUGGCGGCGCCGGAGGCCAAGGACAUGAUGGGCUACCCUGCCACUGCAGACAGCGGCCUCACCCGCUCGCUGUCGCUCGCCUACGCCAGCCUGACUGCGGUCGUCACGGCACUGCGCGGCGGCUCCGGCGGGAACGGCAGCCGCCCUACCGACUCUCCGUCUCGAGGACACACGCACGUGCCGUGGCGGGACUCGCCUCUGACGCGCUGGCUUAAGGGCUGCCUGGACGGCUCGGGCAGCAUCCUUGCAAUUGCGACGGUGGCGCCGGGGCCUGAGGCUGCUGCCGACACGCUGGCGACGCUCAGCUACGUGAACCGGCUGCGCUCUGGCCCCAAGUCUGAUGGUCUCAUCGUCACGGCCACGUGGGACAGCUCCGACCCCGCAGCAUCGGCAGGCCUCGAGGCGGCAGUCACACAGGUGGAGCUGCAAAACUCCCUACAGCGUGCGGCACAGGCGCAGCGGGAGCGGCAGGAGCGAGAACGGGAGCUGCAAGAAAGGCAGCGGGAACGGGAGAGGGAGAGGGAGCGGUUCGGGAGUCCGAUCCCAGUUCGGGCGUCGCCGUCCAUGGCGGGGGCGCCGCCGCCGCCCCCGGCUGGGUCCAGGCCGCAAAGCACCAGUCGCAGUGCCCCGGCCUCCAGCCCGCGGCGGCAGCUGGACCCGGAGUCCCAUCUUCAGCUGCCCACCGUGCAGCCCUUCCGGAGCACCGAAGCGUUGAGCCGUCAGGUGGAGCAGCUGCGGGCGGAGCUGGGCUCCGAGCGGCGGGAGUGCCAACGACUGAGGUCUGAGAUCUCCAGCUUGGAAGCCGCCCAGAGGGCAGCCAGCGAUUUGGCUGAGGCCAGCGCUGCAGCGGCGCUGGGGGAGCUGCGGGGCCAGUUGGAGGCACUCCGGAAGCAGCUGGAAACCAGCGAGGGCGCUAAGCAGCUUCUCAUGGGGCGGGUGCAGCAGCUGCAGGAGCAGCAGGGCAGUCUGCUGGACCUGCAGGCUGAGUCCAGCAUGCUUGAAGCUCAGGUCCGGGCACUGCAAGACAGUCUGGGCGCUGCUCGCUCGGGUCAGUCCUCCUUGGCUGCUCAGCUCGCGGACGCCAAGGCGGCGGCGGAUGCGCUGCGUCAGGACAGAGACCGACUGCAGCGACAGAACCAUGAUCUGUCGGACAAGCUGCAGGCGCAGGUUCGCAGCCUGAGUGAGGAGACCUCGCGGCUGCGCUCUCAGGCGCUGGAGGCCGCCAGUCAGAUGGAGGCAGAGCAGGCCGGCCGCCGGGCCGCGGAGUCGGCGCUGGCGCAGCUGCGGCUGCAGGUGGAAGGCAGUCGCAGCUGCGAAAGCAGUGCGCUGCAGCAGGCGGCGAGUUUGGCCAACCAGGUCAAGGAGCUGAGUGCGGCGCUGGAGUCGGAGGCCAAAUGGCGGUCCGAGGAGCGGUCCGAGCAGCUAAGUCUGGACCUUGAGGGCGCCAUGACGCAGGUGGCCAAGGCGGAGAUGGAGGCCCGGGCCGCCUCCACCAAGGCAGAGAGCGACUUGCGGUCCGCUAUCUCGGCUGCGGAGGGCUUCAAGGCGGAGCUCAAGGCGGCGCGGUCACAGGCGCUGGAUAGUGUACGACAGGAGCUCCGGGUGGCGCAGCUGACGGCGGAGGAUGCGGCACGGCGGGAGAGUGCCGCACAGACGGAUGUGCAGGAGCUGGAGGCGCUGCUGAGAGAGCUGGAUCGCGACCUGGAGGUGGAGGUCAAUGCCGUGUGGCGGCAGCUGCGAGCCGAGCGGGCUGACUCGUUGUUUGGAGUGCCCGAGGGCGGCGCAGUGGCCCCCGCGCGGCGGUGGCGGCCUGUGUUGCAGGCGCUGGUAGGCAUCAUGAAGCGCAACGCCAACGAGGCGGAGCGGCAGGGCCAGGCCCUGGAGCAGGCCCGCGAGCGCAUCCUAGGCAUGGAGGCUCAGGUGGCCCGAGCCAACGAGCUAGCCAGCUCCCUAGCCGCCCACCAGCAGCUCAAGGCGGCCCACUUGACGGAGCUGGAGGAGAGCCACAGAAGCAUCGCACUCAUGGACCAGGCGCUGGCGGAGGCCAACCGCGAGUGUCAGCGACUGCACCGGCAGCUGGAGGAGCUCUCUGCCGCACAUAAGGCCCUCACAAUGGAGUCCGCGGCCCGUGAAUCCCGGCUGCAGGCCCAGGCGACGGAGCGGGAGGUGGCACUGCAGGCGCAACUGUCGGAGAAAGAGGAGCGGCUGCGCGCUGCGAUGGCGGAUCAGGAGAAGCGCGUCCAGGUUUUGUCUGCUGAGUGGGAGGCCAAGCUGGCGGCGCAGUCGGCGGAGCGAGACGCUCGGCUGCACUCCGCGGUCAUGGACGCGGAAGCCAGGCUGCAGUCCAGCGUGUCGGAGCGAGAAGCGAGGCUGGUGGCGGCGGUGGCGGACGGCGAGGCGAGGUUGCACAAGGCGGUCCUAGACGCCGACGCUCGCUUCCACGAGGCCAUUACGGAGCGGGAGGCGCGUCUCGCGGCCCUGGCGUCGGAGCGCGAGUCCCUUCAGCGCCAGAUCUCCACCAUGAGUGCGUUGCAGUCGGAGGACAAGCAGGAGCGGGACAUGCUGCGACUGAGGGCGCACCGACGCGACCACCUGCUGAACAUCGUGUGGUCGGAGCCGCUGUCGGUCUCCUCCCCGCAGCGAAGCGCAGCGAGCGGCGGGGCGGGCAUGGGUGCAGGCAUAGGUGUUGGUUCCGCCUCCGCCUCCUCCGCAGGCGGCCCCGCCGCCGCCGCCUCGCAUGGGCCGGUUGAUUCGGACAGCAGUGUGGUGGACUGGGAGGACCCUACAUGCCAGGAGAAGCUGAUCAAGGGCCUCACCACGCUGCGGGUGCAGGUCGGGAAGCUGCAGGCGGAGCUGAAUGGCCUCCGCUCCGGUAUCGGUGUGACGGAGGAGCUGACCGGGCAGCUGGCGGCUGCCAAGGCCAGGUUGGCGGACUCGCAGCGGAGCACUGAGGAGUUCAGCUCACGAGUGGUCAGCCUGGAAAUGGACCUGCGGGAGGAGCAGGCGGCCAGGUCUGUCCUGCAGCAGCAGCUCGCCUCCCACGAGGCCUCCGCAGCCGCACUGCAGUCCUCGCUACUGGAGGCUCGCCAGACAGCUGUGGCGCUACAGGAGGAAGUGGCGGUCAUCACCAAGUCAAGAGACACCUGGAAGGAGACUGCCACGCAGCAGGAGGCCCAACUCCGGGAGCUUUACUCGGAGGGGGAGACUCGGGCGGGGGAGUUGUCCCGGCUGCGUGCCGAGGCACAAUCCGCCAACACGGAGGCGUCGGGAGCCAGUGCCAGGGCGAGGCUGCUUGAGUCGCAGCUGCAGGAUGCCAAGGACCAGUUGGAUACACUGAGCGCCCGGCUGGCGGCCACCGACAAGGCGCUGAGUGACGCCAACGUGCGCGCCGCCUCGCUGAACGGGCAGCUGGUGCUGGCGGAGAGCGAGACACGGCUCAAGACACAGGAGCUGCUGGCGCGGGUGCAGGCGGCGGAGGACGGGGAGCGGCUCGCCAAGGCCAAUGCCAAGGAGGCCAUGGAGCGGCUGGAGACCCGGCUGCGGGACGCCAGCGAGCAAGGUGGCAAGCUGGUCGCCGACCUCGACGCGUUGAGGGCGGAGAGGAACGAGGCGCAGCUGCGGGCCGAUGAGCUGCAGCGGCACCUGGCGGAGGCUCGUGCCCGCCUGUCCGACCUGGAGCACAGCGGCAAACUGGUGCACAAGCUGAUGGCGGAACGCGACGCGCUGCAGGAUCAAGUCAACACACUGCGUAACGCCAACAUGCAAGUCACGGAUGAAGCUCGUAGUCUGCGACGCACUCUGGACAGCAUCCAAGAGCAGCUGCAUCGCGCCACGGAGGAGAAGAUGCGGCUGGCUGCCCAGGUGGAGGGGCAGAGGCUGGAGGCCAUCAUGAACAGCAUGGCGCCGAGGACCGCUGGCAGGAUUGGCGCCCUGGCGCGCCCGACGGGCAGCGCGUCAGCUGCUGGCGCCAUCGGGGGCUCCUUGGCGACCGAUCUAAGUGUGGCAGGGGCCCCGCUGGACCCACGGUCGGCACCGGCAGGCUUCAACAGGAGCUAUGCAGGGCUGUCGUGCACGGGUAUAGGCAGCUACGCGCCGCCGCCGUCGCUGGGUGCAAGUCCGUCGCUGCCCUCCGUGGCUCGCCCUGCGUACGCCGUUGUCAAUACCCCUUACACGCCUACCACGACCACCGCCGCCACUACCGCCAACUCCAACCCCAGCACCACCGCCACGUCAGUAUAUGAGGCCACGGUUAAGCAGACGACGGCGGAGGAUCGUAUGGUGGCUCGUAUGGCGGUGGGGGAGGAUCAUACGGUGGCGCAGGAGGAUCGUAUGGCGGUGCUGGGGGAGCGUACGGCAACGUUAUGUCUGAGGAACCACCAUUGA